AUGGAGGCCAUGUUGCGUUGGAGGUGUGGCGUUCCCACCGCACCUGACACGAUCUCUAUUUCAACAUCUACGGUACUCCUGGUGCCUUACUCCAAAUGGCACGUUCCCCGCUACCACGAAUGGAUGAAAGAUGAGGAAAUCCAAGAAGCAACAGCCUCAGAACCACUCUCUCUAGAAGAGGAAUACGCCAUGCAACAAAGCUGGCGCCAAGACCCAGACAAGCUAACCUUCAUCGUGUGCCAGCCCUCCCCCACAGGAACGGGAGGCUCCCCACUCCGCGAUGAAGAUGACAGCUCCGAACGGAUGAUCGGGGACGUGAAUCUCUUCCUCCGCGUCGACGACGGCGAAGAAGGGAACUCCGAGCCCCAGAUCAUCGGCGAGAUCGAGCUCAUGAUCGCCGAGAAGAGCAAUCAGCGGAAAGGGUUCGGGAAGGCCACGCUGCUCUCUUUUCUUCGAUACAUUGCUGAUCAUGAAGUGGAGAUUCUGGAGGAGUUUGUGAGAGGGGAUCAGGUUGCUGCCAAGGCUCUAAGGGAAGCUGGCGUUAGUGGGGGGAGGUUCUCGUGUCUUAGUGUUAAGAUUGGGCAGGGGAAUGGGCGCAGUCUGGGCUUGUUUGAGGGCGCGGGGUUUCGGAAGGUGUCGGAGGAGGCGAACUAUUUUGGGGAGUUUGAGCUCAGAAGGAUGGAUUUGAGUCGGGAUACUGUGGAUCAGGGUCUGAAGAGGGCGGGGGUUGAGGGAUAUGUUGAGUUGGAGUAUCAUCGGUGUCAGUAG